AAAAAGCAGCCCACAAUUCUUCAUCACUUCCAAAAUCCCUUUUCCUAUUUAAAGCAAAAGGCACCUCACACCUUUCUCUCCCUCCCUCCUUCCUUCAACCUCCCCAUUUCCAGCCAAAAUCCCCAUCAAUUCAAUCCCCAUUUCCCCAAAAUCCCCAAAUCAACCCUCAUGAAACCCUAAUUGAACCCCCAAAUCGCACUCCCCAAUGCUCCAACUCACCCUCCUCGCCCUCCUCCUCCUCCUCCCCCGCUCCCUCGCCGGCCUCCUCUCCGAGCCGGCCAAGCCCUCCGACUCCAACACCGUCCCCGCCUUCCCCGCCCAGACCGCCGCCCAGACCUGCCGCCUCGACCUCUCCGCCGAGCUCUUCGGCGGCGUCGGCGCCGCCUGCGGCCGCACCCUCGACCGCAGCCGCUGCUGCCCCGUCCUCGCCGCCUGGCUCUUCGCCGCCCACGCCCGGUCCGCGCUCCAGAUCCCCGCCGCGCCGCCGCCGCUCUCCUCCGACCUCCCGAUGAUGCCCGACGACUCGCAGAGGUGCGUCGACACGCUCCAGUCCUCCCUCGCCGCGCGCGACAUCCGCCUCCCCCAGGCCAACGCCUCGUGCGACGCCGUUUUGUGCUUCUGCGGGAUCCGCCUCCACCAGAUCACCUCGCUCAGCUGCCCCGCCGCGUUCAACGUCACCGGAAACUACAAAAACGCGACUCCGACCGCCGCCGUGAGGAAUCUCGAGCGGAAUUGCAGAAAUUCGUCGUAUUCCGGCUGCACGAAGUGCCUCGGCGCGCUGGAGAAGGUGACCGGUGGCAAAAACGGAACAAGUGGAGGAGGUGACGGCGAUCGCGCGAGCAGAAUGCUGAGCCGGGACUGCCGGCUGAUGGGGCUGACGUGGCUGCUGGCCCGCAACAAGACGGCUUACAUUCCCACCGUCUCCGCCGUAUUGCGCGCCAUAAUGUACAGCGCGCACCCUCCGCACGAGAACACCUGCUCCCCGGACCAGGAGAACAUGCCCCUCGCCGUGGACUCUCUGCAGUUCGACAAAUAUAACUCCUCGUCGUCGUCUCCGGUGGCCUUUUUUCUUCUUCUUCCGAUUUUACCCCUGAUAAUUUUUUCCUUACUUUUCAUGUAGCAUAAUUGCAUUGGCUGGGUAUUUUGUCAUGAAUUAUUGGCUGUAUACACCUGAUCUCUUUACGCUGUCUCUGAAAUUAGUGGGGGUUCACGUGUAGCAAGUUGACAAAAUGGGAGUGGGGUCAUUUUUGUCAUUUUGUAUCACUGUAAAUUUUCAGACAUUUUGGUUCGAUUGAUAUGUAGUAGUACGAGAAGGUCUUACUUCACGGUUUUACCAUAUAAAGUCGCGUGCUAAUUACGAUA